CAAUAACCAUGACAUCUUUAGCUUCCGCUAAACUAUGCUUCCUGCCUUAUUGCCUUGUCAUCUUGUAUGUUUCAUCACCAAAUUGGGUUGCUUUUCCUUCUGCUACUUCUACUUCUCAUACUGAAGCAGAGGCUCUUCUCAAAUGGAAAGCCAGCUUAUUUCUAAAUCAAGCCCUCAAUAACCUCACCUGGUACGACCCUCCCACUCAUAAUAUUAAUGCCACCAAUUCUUCCAGCACCAAUCCAAAACCAAGAACAAGCCCAUGCACUUGGACUGGUGUUUCAUGCAACGCAGCUGGAAGUGUCAGCAAGCUAAACCUUUCCACUUGUGGUAUUCAAGGUACGCUAUAUGAGUUUUCAUUCUUGUCCUUCCCUAAUCUUGAAUAUCUUGACCUCAGCUUGAACAAACUCUUUGAUGCCAUCCCACCUCAAAUCAGUAACCUCUCCAAACUCCACCGUCUUGAUCUCUCCCAGAAUCAGUUCUCUGGGAGAAUUCCACCAGAAAUUGGUCUCUUAAGAAAUCUUACCUGUCUUUAUCUCUAUGAUAAUAAACUUUCUGGUUUGAUUCCCAAGGAGAUAGGGAACUUGAAAUCUCUUGUAGAUCUAGAGUUAACCUACAACAAUUUAAGUGGCCUCAUCCCUCCAAAUAUUGGUAACUUAAUAAAGCUAAACACUUUGUACUUGGCUAACAAUCAACUUUCUGGUUUGAUUCCCAAGGAGAUAGGGAACUUGAAAUUUCUUGUAAAUCUAACGUUGUCCCACAACAAAUUAACCGGUGUCAUCCGUCCAAAUAUUGGUAACUUAAUAAACCUAAACACUUUGUACUUGCAUAACAAUCAACUUUCUGGUUUGAUUCCCAAAGACAUAGGUAACUUGAAAUCUCUUGUAGAUCUCGAGUUGUCCUACAACAAUUUAAGUGGUCCCAUCCCUCCAAAUAUUGGUAACUUAAUAAACCUAAACACUUUGUACUUGGAUAAAAAUCAACUUUCUGGUUUGAUUCCUAAGGAGAUAGGAAACUUGAAAUCUCUUGUAGAUCUAGGGUUGUCCUACAACAAUUUAAGUGGUCUCAUCCCUCCAAAUAUUGGUAACUUAAUAAAGCUAAACACUUUGUACUUGGGUAAAAAUCAACUUUCUGGUUUGAUUCCUAAGGAGAUAGGAAACUUGAAAUCUCUUGUAGAUCUAGAGUUGUCCUACAACAAUUUAAGUGGUCUCAUCCCUCCAAAUAUUGGUAACUUAAUAAACCUAAACACUUUGUCCUUGGGUAAAAAUCAACUUUCUGGUUUGAUUCCUAUGGAGAUAGGAAACUUGAAAUCUCUUGUAAAUCUAUUGUUGUCCUACAACAAUUUAAGUGGUCUCAUCCCUCCAAAUAUUGGUAACUUAAUAAACCUAAACACUUUGUACUUGCAUUCCAAUCAACUUUCUGGUUUGAUUCCUGAGGAGAUAGGAAACUUGAAAUCUCUUGUAGAUCUAGAGUUGUCCAACAACAGUUUAAGUGGUCUCAUCCCUCCAAAUAUUGGUAACUUAAUAAAGCUAAAUACUUUGUACUUGGAUAACAAUCAACUUUCUGGUUUGAUUCCUAAGGAGAUAGGAAACUUGAAAUCUCUUGUAGAUCUAAAGUUGUCCUACAACAAUUUAAGUGGUCUCAUCCCUCCAAAUAUUGGUAACUUAACAAACCUAAACACUUUGCACUUAGGUAAAAAUCAACUUUUUGGUUUGAUUCCCAAAGAGAUAGGGAACUUGAAAUCUCUUGUAGAUCUAGAGUUGGCCGAGAAUCAACUCAACGAUUCAAUUCCAGCCUCAUUUGCCAACUUGAGCAACUUGGAGAUCUUAUUCCUACGCGAUAACCAACUUUCCGGCUCCAUUCCCCAAGAGUUAGAGAAUCUCAAGAAUUUGACUGUACUGCACUUAGAUACAAACCAAUUGUCUGGUUAUUUGCCCCCAAAUAUCUGCCAAGGUGGAAAACUCACAAACUUGUCAGUAGGCACAAACUAUUUGACUGGUUCAAUCCCCAAAAGCUUGAAAAAUUGCUCGGGCUUAGUAAGAGUCCAUUUUGACCAAAACCAAUUGACGGGCAAUAUAUCUGAAGACUUCGGUGUUUAUCCGAAUCUUGAUUUUAUGAAUAUAAGCCAGAACAACUUGUAUGGAGAAAUCUCACACAACUGGGGACAAUGCCCAAAGCUAAAAACCCUACUAAUGGCAGGAAACAACCUUACUGGUAGCAUACCACCUGAGAUAGGCAACGCAACCCAAAUUCAUGUGCUGGACCUUUCUUCAAAUCGUUUAGUUGGGUUGAUCCCAAAAGAAUUCGGGAAGUUGUCUUCAUUGGUGAAGUUGAUGUUGAAUGGAAAUCAACUUUCGGGUCAUAUACCGUCGGAAUUCGGAUCAUUGAAUGAUCUUGAAUAUCUUGACUUGUCAACAAAUAAAUUCAGUGACUCAAUUCCGAGCAUUCUAGGUGACUUGCUCAAAUUAUACCAUCUGAAUUUGAGCAACAACAAGUUAUCUCAAGCAAUUCCUUUACAAUUGGAGAAGUUAGUUCAAUUAAACGAACUAGAUUUAAGUCAUAACUCACUUGAAGGUAGCAUACCAUCAGCAAUGAGCAAUAUGAAGAGUUUGGUGACGCUCAGUCUUUCCCACAACAAUCUUUCGGAUUCCAUACCAUCAAGUUUUGAAGACCUGGGCGGCUUGUCGUACAUUGACAUAUCCUACAAUCACUUGGAAGGUCCCCUUCCCAACAUCAGUGCAUUUCGAGAAGCUCCGCUAGAAAGAUUGAAAGGUAACAAAGGAUUGUGUGGCAAAGUUGGAGCUCUGCUGCCACCCUGCAAUGCACAUGGCUCAAAAAAGGACCAUAAGCUCAUAUUCUCUAUUCUAGCUGUAUUUGUACUUCUAUUUGCUCUCUUUACAAUUGUCUUUGUAAUAGUGCAAAAAAAGAAGAACCAUCAAGAUACUAAACAAAACCACAUGCAUGGAGAAAUUUCCUUUUCGGUUUUAAAUUUUGAUGGAAAAUCAACGUAUGAGGAAAUCAUAAGGGCAACAGAACAUUUUGAUUCCACAUAUUGCAUUGGGAAGGGAGGACAUGGAAGCGUCUACAGAGUGAAUUUGUCAUCUGGAGACGUAGUGGCCGUGAAGAAACUCCAUCUGCUAUGGGAUGGCGAGACAGAAUUUCAGAAGGAGUUCUUGAACGAAGUAAGGGCACUCAGUGAGAUAAGACAUCGGAAUAUUGUGAAGCUCUAUGGUUUCUGCGCACAUAAACAACACUCGUUUUUGGUGUAUGAGUAUCUUGAAAGAGGUAGCUUGGCCGCAAUAUUGAGCAAAGAUGAAGAAGCUAAAGAGUUGGAGUGGAGUAAAAGGGUGAAUAUUGUUAAAGGCUUAGCUCAUGCCUUGUCUUACAUGCACCACGAUUGCUUGCCACCGAUUGUACAUCGUGACAUCUCAAGCACGAACAUUUUAUUGGAUUCUGAAUAUAAGGCAUGUGUUUCAGACUUUGGCACUGCUAAGUUUUUAAAUCCAGACUCGACUAAUUGGACUGCCGCUGCAGGCACAUAUGGCUACAUGGCACCAGCAGAGCUUGCUUACACAACAAAAGUGAAUGAGAACUGCGAUGUUUAUAACUUUGGUGUGGUCAUAUUGGAAAUAAUUAUGGGAAAACAUCCUGGAGGUCUUUUUUCAUCUUUCUCAUCAGUCACUUCAUCCUCCUCCUCCUCCUCAUCAUCUGCAUUACCAGCCCAUCAAAUACCAAUUGUGGAUGUUUUGGACCAACGCAUUUCCCCUCCUACGCAUCAACUUGCAAGUGAAGUGCUCUCUCUUGUGAAGAUAGCAUUUUCAUGCUUGAAUUCCAUCCCGAAAUCUCGUCCAACAAUGAAACAAGUUUCUCAUUUCCUUUCAACUCAGAUGCUGCAUUUGUCGAAGCCGGUACAUAUGAUGACAUGUGGUGAAUUGCUUGCUCUUGAUCCUUUGGCUACCUAAUCAGAAUGUGCUUCAUUCUUAUGCACAUUUCACUUUGCAUGUGUCUUUUGUUUAGAAAGAGUAUCCAUAGAUGUUUCCUUCUUGUAAUUUAUUUCAUGCACAUGUGCGCUAUGCUAUGACUUUAUCUAGAAUACUUUACAGUUUGUUUAUCCUUAAUAUAAAAUACUUAUUGGAGAA